AUGACCAUUUUAGACAGAACAAGGAUUCGGGUGAGACGAGAGAGUUCGAGUAGUGAGGAGGAAGCAGACGACACUGCACAGCUGAUCGAUGAAAGGUGUGAAGAUGAGUCGCAUAAUUUCACGUUUAGACAAAAAUUGAUGAUAGCAAAGCCGUUGUUGAAGUUUAUGGUGCCGUUGAGUGUGGUGUAUUUUGCUGAGUAUUUCAUUAAUCAGGGAUUGGUGGAAUUAUUGGUGUUCGACUGCGAUCACGGGUUUGCGCUGAGUAAAUCGAGUCAGUAUAGGUGGUAUCAGGUAUUGUAUCAAAUCGGGGUGUUCAUAUCGCGGUCUUCAAUCGACUGCUUCGUGGUACCAAUCGGGCUAUUGCCCGUUCUGCCGCUUUUACAGGUGUGGCAUCGUUUCUUAUGCGCGAGCGUGCUCGCGUACGACCCCCAAAGUGAAAAAGUGCCUAGAAAUGAUGGUGAUAUUGGUGGAGAGGAUUUGGUAGAAAAUGCCAACGAUAUGAAAUUGCAGUUGAUGAACGCGACAUUCUUCUUUAUGGAGACGAUACAUAAUUAUAUCAGUCAUAUUUGGUUGGUGUUUGUGUUGGUAUUCUAUGAGGGGUUGUUGGGAGGGUGUGCGUACGUGAACACGUUCAGUGCUAUACACAGAACGGCGAUUCUCGAGGCACGAAACAAACGCAAAAUGCCUUCUGCACAGAUUCCCGAAGCCGUGAAGGCUCUGGGUGUGGACGUGUACGAUCCGAGAAGUGCCGACUUUCCAAGUGCAAUACACAAACCGACAACAAUACUCGAUCAUCCUGCAUUCAAACCGAAAACGACUGAGGAACAUCCUCUUUAUAACCAAAUAAAAUGUAUAUUAUUCGAUGGCUCUGAACCGUUCACGGACGGUAUCGACCAAGCUUGCGCGAUUGCAAAUGCUCUGAAAUUCACGAAUUUCCCUGCAACAGUUAUGGAGAAGUGUUCGACGGUGGAAUUGCCAAAAAAUUUCGAAGAGCAGCUGAGCGAUAUGAUAAUGCACGGAGAGAGGUACGACCCCUCCCUGGAAAAGCUGCCCAAAAGGCAUGACCCCGUGCUGUUCUGGAUCAAGCAUCCUCGUGUUUAUGGAACUCCGGUCCUGAAGCGAAAUCAUAUUAUUUUGGAUAAUCUGUAUCGAAGUGUUGUGUUGAAUGCGAUUCGAUUCAAUCAACUCGAUUUUUUGAGGUGUAUUUUAUUGCGGGACUUGUUUACUUUGGGGGACCCGCACGCAUGUGAUCGAGACGAGCCAAUGAGCGGUGCGGUACAACUCGAGGAAGGAGAGGAGAGAUUUGCAAAUCGCCCCCUCGUGUUGCGCGCCCAACCACACUUGACCGUGCAGUCGCCCGAAGCAAUCCGACCGUGGAUUAGGGAGAGUGAAGACAUUUCGGAGAUCUCGAAAAGGGAAAAAGUGCCAAACGUUUGGCCCAUCGAGCCCUACAUUGAUUUGACUGAAGACAACGUCUAUAACAAAAGAGCCGUCGUGCCCAGAAACAGAUUCAAACUUCAUUUGGAUACGAUUCUGUGGGCGCGGGAACAGCAUCAGAAAUAUCCGUGGACGAGGUAG